AUGCGCGAGCUUUACCAACGAGAAGAUGAUGCGUCGAAACUUCGGGUGAAUCUGGAUGCUAAUUCGGAGUUUGAACUUGUCACGCAGCUUGAGCUCCCUCCUCGUCCUGAAAUCUACAGGGAGUCGCCAGUUACUCAGGAGAUUUGGGAUAAAUUCAAACUGGCAGAUGGGACUGUUGAUCCGCCGAAUAUUCACCACUUGAAGAUGAAUGUAUUCAGAGGAGGAUUGGACCCGGAUUUGCGCAAAGAGGCCUGGAAAUAUCUGCUGGGUUACAGGGCUUGGGAUGAGACAAACAGCCAGUUCGACAAGAAGAGAGCUAAGCUAGCAAAGGAGUACGAGAGAUUGAAGGCUCAGUGGUUAUCGAUCAGUGAGGAUCAGGAGUCACGUUUCUUCAGUUAUAGCCAACGAAAGGGUCUUGUAGAAAAGGAUGUUGCGCGUACUGACCGAUCUAUGGAAUUCUUCAGUGGUGAUGGAAAUCCGAAUUUGGUAAUGCUGCAGAACAUCCUGAUGACUUAUGUCAUGUAUAAUUUCGACCUUGGUUAUGUCCAAGGAAUGAGCGAUUUUGCAUCACCGUUGCUUUAUGUGAUGGGUAACGAAGUGGACGCAUUCUGGUGUUUCGUGGAAUUAAUGAAGAAAAUUCAACGGAACUUUGAGAAGGACCAAGCUGCCAUUAAGCUUCAAAUGUAUCAACUUCGUGAUCUUGUAAUGAUCGUGAAUCCACAGUUGGCGAACUAUCUAGAAAGCCACCAGUCAGAUGACAUGUACUUCUGUUUCCGCUGGGUUCUGGUGUGGUUCAAGCGAGAAUUAUCCUUUGCAGAUACAUGCAAACUUUGGGAGGUUCUAUGGACAGGACAGCCAUGUCCCAACUUCCUGCUCCUGAUUUGCAUUGCCAUUCUCGAUGGAGAGAUGAAUACAAUUAUCGCCAAUAAAUUUGGGCUUACAGAAAUAUUGAAGCACGUGAACGAUCUGUCAAUGCAUUUGAUCCUCGAUGAUGUGAUGACGGCAGCGGAAGCUAUUUUCCAUCAACUAUCCGCAAGUCAGGAUAAGCUUCCGUCACAUAUAUGUGAAUAUCUCAAUCUAGGAGAAUUGGCAAAUGAUUGA